GACAGACGCGGAAGUAAAUGGUAAACAAACACCUCGCUGAGCUGUUAGCACGAUGAAAUCUCUCCAAGAUGUCGUUAAAGUGGAAGUUUAAAUGAAUGACAGUCAGCGGUAUUGUAUGUGACAGCGUGUUAAGAUAUUUAGAAGCAAAUUUGAUAUUAAGAGGUUUUGGAUGCUGUCGCAGUAGCAGCUGUUUUGCCACGUACACCUGAUAACGUCAGUGUAAACUAAUGGAGCAGAAGCUGGCAGAGUUCAGAGCCAGACGACAGGCUGAAAGCACCGUGAAGAAGAGUGCUGAUCCGCCGUGCAGAGCACAGGCAGAGGCGGACACAGAUGCUCAGACUCACACAACAUCAACUACUGACAGUCUGCAAACAGAAGAGACGGAAAAUACCACAGCUACAACUCAGAGCCCCCAGAGGAAGGACCGCAGUGACUGGCUGCUGGACAGCGCUCUGGGAAGAUGGCUGGCCUCGAGACAAAUUGUCCUCUCAAACAUUAUUUUGCUCAAACUGCUGCUGUGGCUGGUGCUGCUCGGUCUGUUUGUCGAACUGGAGUUCGGGCUGCCUUUCUUCGUCAUCUCGCUCUUCUACUGGCUCUAUGAGGGACUCCGUAGCCCCGCUGCUCGCGAGCCUGGAGAACUGAGCGCUUAUUCUGUCUUCAACCCGGACUGUCAGCCUCUGCUGGGCUCUCUCACUGCAGAGCAGCUGGAGGGAGAGAUGGGUUACAGACCUCUGGCUAACAGAUGAAGCAACUGUGAUUUGCACACUUAUAUUAAAUAUCAACACCCUGUUGUCCUUUGAAAAAUGUUAAUUAUAUUCAGGAAAAUACAGGGACGUACAAUAAUGGUUUCAGUUCAUUAUUUCUAACACAUUAAACUGAGAUUGGUCUACGCACA